AUUUGUGUUUGAAUAUAUAUAUAUAUAUAAUUUUUUUAAUUUUUUUUAAAGAAAAAGAAUCGAAAUCUGAAGGUCCUUAUAGCACUAACUCAUAGGAAUUCCCUUUCUGACUUCUCCAGCUGUGUCUACUGCUUCUCUUUCUCUCUCUACCUUUUCUCUCUCCUCCUCCAUUUCUUCUUCCUGUUCUGGAAUUUCAAUUCUUCAAUUUCACUGUUCUGUUUUUGAUUUUACUUGACGGCGGUGGGUUUUGGGAUUCCGACGGGUUUCGCCGGAGUUAAUGGAAGGGGUUGGAGGUGGGUCGGGAUCGGAAUUGUUUGGAGUUACGCCGCCGUUGACUGUCGAUGUUGUAAGUGAUUCUCAGCCAGUGGAAGCUGCUUCUCCGAUUAGUAGUCGACCUCCUGCAUCGUCUUCGUUGAAUUAUGAGGAACUCAUUCGCGGUGGAGGACAGAUGGCGAUUGACGACGACGCGCUCGUCGGAGAAGAUGCUGGCGGCGGUGGCAGCUCGGCUGGGAAUCGUUGGCCUCGUCAAGAAACUCUUGCGUUGCUUAAAAUUAGAUCGGAUAUGGAUUCCGCCUUCCGUGAUGCUACGCUUAAAGGUCCUCUCUGGGACGAAGUCUCGAGGAAGCUCGGGGAAAUGGGUUAUGCUAGAAAUGCGAAGAAAUGCAAGGAGAAAUUUGAGAAUGUACAGAAGUAUUACAAGCGCACAAAGGAAGGGCGAGGAGGGCGUGGAGAUGGGAAGACGUACAAAUUCUUCACGCAGCUUGAGGCGCUACACAACGCCGCAUCACAAAACGUGGCAUCAUCGGGCUUCGGGAUUAGCAACCCAACACCAAUCUCAGCCGUCAAAAUCUCACAAACCCCAAUGGGAAUCUUUUCUCCGCCGCCCACCAUCGCCGCUCCAAUGGGUGUCAGCUUUUCAUCCGACACCUCAUCUUCAUCAACAGAAGAGGAGGAGGAGGAGGAGGAGGAGGAGGAGGAGAUGGGUUUUGACGUUGAAGGAGAGCCGUCGAGUGUGGCGGGAAGUAGCCGGAAGCGGCGGCGGCGGAGAGGGGCGGUUAAGGGAAAAAGUGGUGGGCGGAGGAGAAGGCAUAAGAUGAUGAUGGGGUUUUUUGAGGGUUUGAUGAAGGAAGUGGUGCAGAAACAGGAAGCUAUGCAACAGAGAUUCCUGGAAGCGAUUGAGAGAAGAGAAGAAGAGAGAAUGAUUAGAGAAGAGACAUGGAAGAGGCAAGAAAUGGGGAGAUUAAGGGAGGAGCAGGAAAAAAUGGCUCAAGAACGGACAAUUGCUGGGUCUAGAGAUGCGGCUAUAAUUGCUUUUCUUCAGAAAUUCACAGGCCAAACCAUUCAAUUACCGUCAGUGAAUAUCUCUCCUUCAGCCCCACAACAACACUAUGAUCUGUCAGUGCCUGUCCCUGCGCCCACGCCUGUCGCUAUGCCACUAUCCCCUGUCCCCCCACCUCCGCCGUUCAAAACCCAGCCGCCUUCAAAUACAAUGCCAUUUAUGGAUCACCCAAUAUCAAUAUCAAAUCAGGAAAGCAGCAGCCAUGGCGGCCGGGGAGAUGGCCCUUCAGAACCCAUUUCUUCAAGAUGGCCUAAACAGGAAGUUCUAGCGCUAAUUAAGCUGCGAGGUGGGCUUGAAUCAAGAUAUCAAGAAAUGGGUCCUAAGGGCCCUCUUUGGGAAGAGAUUUCAGCUGGAAUGAACCGAUUGGGUUACAAAAGAAGCGCCAAAAGAUGCAAGGAAAAAUGGGAGAAUAUCAACAAAUACUUCAAGAAAGUUAAAGAAAGCAACAAAAAACGCCGCGAGGAUUCCAAAACUUGCCCCUAUUUCGAUGAACUCGACGCUCUUUACCGGAAAAAGAUCCCCACUGCCGGUGGUUCUGACGGUGGCGCCUCCUUUAGCGACACCGCCAAAUUACAACAAACCCACAUCCAAAUGCCUCAUACCACACCCGCUGAAGAACAACCACCACCACCACCACCACCACCACCGCCGCCGCCGCCGUCACCACCACCCACAAAGCCAGAAGACAUUGUGAAUGAGUUGAUGGAGCUUCAGAACCUUUACGAUGUCGAUCAAGUCGACGAUGACGACGACGACAACGACGACAACGACAACACCCGAGAAGAAAAGAGAAGGAACAUGGAUUACAAAAUGGAAUUUCAGACAAGUGAGUUUCAAUCAAUGGCGGUGGUUCAAUAAUGAUCUCGAAACAAAACAAACCCAUAUCUGAAUUUUCAGUUCCAUUUACACCAAAACAAUCCUAACCCAUUUUCUUCACCAUUCCUUCUAAGAUGAUCAUAUGAAUUUCUUUCCAAAAUUCUCAAUCACUGUUUAUUUUAUCAUAAUUCUUAUAAAUUCAUGUAUUAAAUUAUUUGUGAGGGGGAAAAUAAAGAAACUCUCUGAAUUGGAGUCAAGAAUCAGUAGGGAUCUGAAGAACAAGAACAAGAACACAUUGAUUCAGCUCGUGAAAUUGGGUGAAAAAUCCAUUAAAAUGCUCAAAUUAUGUUGAAGAUUUGUAUUAUUUCAUUCUUUUGGGUGAAUAAUUUGUGAUAUUGUUAUAUGUUUUGUAAGUUAUCUAUGAUAAUAAAUGUGGGUCUCAGUUAAAGGAA